AUGGUCUGUACUAAUCUGAUGGAUCUAGUCAAUGAAGAUGUUGCUUACAAUAUGGACGACAGACCAGUAGAUACUGUGGCCACCUACACCUGUAACCAUGGCUACACUCUCAAUGGAGGCACCACCAGGACUUGUAGGAGUGAUGGAAUUUGGAAUGGGUCAGAUCCAACGUGUGAAGUUCUUAUGUGUCCUCCUCUACCAACCAUUACCAAUGGCAUGAUCUCCUACUCUCCUGAUGUCACCCCUGACUAUGACCUGGGAACUGAGGCAACCUACACUUGUGAGACUGGGUUCCAUCUUGAGGGUAAUGAGGUACGAGUGUGUAUGGAUGAUGAUGGAAUGAACGCCAUUGGAGUGUGGAGUGAUCAGGAGCCAAGCUGUGUCUCCCUCCCCCCUCCUGUACGCUCAGUGUUGUUCCAACUCAGACUCACCAACAUCAACAACUGUCCUGACUGGGUCGACCAGGAUGGGAGGAUAGAAGCUGUAAUGAGUGUGUUUGCUGCCGAGGUGGAGAGUCACUGUGGGUGUGGUUUCUCAAGCAUGGUCAUGACUGCCCCUCUCUUCCGCUGCUUCCCUGGGUCGGACAGAGCUGUCACAUUCCGAGCCACUCUAACCGAUUCCAGGCUCCUCACUCCCAUACAGGACUGGAUAAAAGUGACCAAUGAUUCAUUCCCAUUCAGAAUGUACUGAUUGAGGUGGAUAAGUCUUGUCAGGUGCAGAUAUCGAGCCUUGCAGACACAGAGUGCAGCAACCAGCCUGUAGCUGCAGGGAGCAGUAACCUAGCCGCUGUGGUUGGUGGAGUGGUGGGAGGAGUUGUCAUUGUCCUUAUCAUUGUGGUUGGCAUUACGAUUGUUGUCAUAGUGAUUGCUGUAUACUGGUGUUCAAGAACAGGAGAGAGAAGCUGACCGCCAACAAAACAUCAAACCAUGACCUACCACCAGUGUCGCUAAAGGGUGUGGUCAGUACUGGUGAGAUACAACCAUGCGAGAUGAUUGAAAUGGGUCACGAAUACGAGGAAGUGUCCAAGUUCCAACGAGUCGUCGGUGGAGAGUAUGAGAUCAUUGGAACAUGUACACCCUCACAGACAACUGGCUCCGAAAGCAAGACUCCUAUAAAAAUUGAGCCAUCAUCACCCACUCCACAACCCUCACAAGCGACUAAGGCUGCCGGAAAUAAUAUUAAGUUUACAGAGUGCGUUGCUUACAGUACGACCACCCACAGUCGUCCCCCACAGCCCACAAGCUUAUGAACACUGAAAUGCCCCCCUUGAUGCUGACUGCUAUAUACAUAUUAUAAUUAUAUAUGUAUCUGUACAUUUAUUUGCAAAUUGUGUGCAUAUAUUUGUGAAAACUC